CUGGGCAGCAACUGAGAAGAUCAGGGACGGGGUGGAGGGCUUUCCCGAUGGGUCAAGCUUGUGAGGCCAUGGAGAGGUGAGGAAGCCAACCUCAGUACAUUCAGCUCUUUGGAAAGAAUGACCAAAGGGAGGCGGUUCAACCCGCCUUUGGACAAGGUUGGAAGAUGGUUCCCUCAAAUUGGACUGGUACAGAAGACACCAGAAUCCACCACGAGUGCUACCCUGAAGGAGAUCCACUGUCCGUACUUGUCUCAGCAGGUGGAGAGGAAGCUGCCGCCGAUAUACAAAAUUCGAGAGAAGCAAGCAGCAAACAAAAGUUUCCCCUUCUCUGUGCAUGACAAUCGCUACAGUUUUGAGAACUCUGGAUACUAUUUUGACUAUGGCUUGGGACGGAAGAAGACCUCACCAGAGAGAAGGCAACACAUUUCCAGGAAUUUCAAUCUCUGGGCCUGCGACUUCAUCCCAUCACGUUUUGAUGGCCUUUCAAAUAACAGAAUAUCAUAUGUCCAUAAGGAAGCCAUGGUCAUCUCAACCUUCCGACGCUUCCCUAGAUGUUACGACGAAAAAUGGAGUGCCUUCAAGUUUGUUCCCAGAAAAGGCUACACAGAGUUUUUGGAAAACCAGCCAAAUGAGGAGUUUUCUGUUGACACAGAGGCUGUCUCUCCACAGGAGCCCGAUGAUUAGAAGAUUCGAAGAUUUUUGAUGACGUUUGUGAUGUCAUCUCAUCAGGCAUUCAUAAAGUAUAUGUCUCUGAUCCAACACUUUUGUGAUUUUCAUAAAGUUGAAUAUAUUCAAAUUCUUACCAAGCUGUGCAAAGCUAUACACACAUGUAAAUAAACUGCUAAGA